UACAGACAUUGCAUUCCAAAAUGGACGACCCAACUACAAACAGAGCAGAUAAAUCUUUCAAUGUAGAAAGGGAUGCAGCAACACUCCUAGAUCUGAUUGAGAAUGGGAAUCUCUCAGAAAUUGAAGACAUCAGUGAUGAUGAUGAUACAGACAUCAUCCUACCCAAUGUGACAAGCGCUGCUGAGAGGGUCGGUGCUGAAGUUAUUCGACAUAACCAAGAACAACAACUUGAAGAAGAGACGUUUUUGGAGGAAGAAGAAAUACCUAUCAACUAUGAUCACUUCACAACUCCAAGAGAGAGGGUGAAAUGGAGACGAAAGAAAUUCACACAGCCACCAAUGGAGCCAUUUGAGAUUCCAGUGAAGGAUGAUCCAGUUCUCAGAAGUCCUGUUGAGUACUUUAAAAAUUAUUUUACAGAUGAACUUUUUGAAGAAUUUGCAACAUACACUAACAUGUAUGCACUGCAAAACAAUGUGCAGGGCUUUAAGCCUACAAAUUCUAUUGAAAUUAGAGCAUUAUUUGGACUCCAUAUUGCAAUAGGAACAUUGAAGUUUCCAAGAAUAAACUUAUUUUGGGAUAGAUUAUUGGGGAAUCAAGAUAUUUCUUGA